AUGCUUCAAAUAUAUAUUUUAAACAUUUGUGUUUUAGAAUGUCCUGGUUAAACCUAUUUAGAAAAAAUUUGUUUUAGAAAUUGUGCAGACCUAUGUUCAGAAUGUUUUGGUGUUGAAAUAUACGAGCAAUUACCUUAUUGGUUAAAAUAGAGAAACAAAUAGUUAUGCCAUUCGUCCUAAUCAAAGCUUUUUAAAAUUAGUUGA